AUGUGUUACCGCUUCCUGUUGUUGAUCGUGUUUCACUUACAUUCAUUAUUAUGCACUAAAAGUGCUUCAGAACUGUGGAUACGUUUUCGUCAAAAUCCAAGUUUUGUUAAGCCAUUUAACUUCAAGUCUUCCGUCUAUUUCAGUUCGACAGAUAAUGAGAAUACUUUGAAAAAAUACAGUAGAGGUUUCCCUAGAGGUAUCUGGGGAACAGCCGCUUUCCCUGAUAUUAUUAGAGGAUUAUCUGACAAUGACACAGGAUAUUCAUUCUGGUCGAAAUAUGAUUCAAUUGUGUUCAAUGAGAGUUAUCGAUUCAAAGAAUCAUUUAAUAAUUUUCGAAAUCAAAUCUAUUCAGAUUCAUGUAUUGAUGAUAAUUUGAAUAAAUGGAAAUGUUGUGAACAAUCUAAUCAUCCUAGUUGUUCCAAAUUACCAACAAAAACAAAAGUUAUUGAGUCUAUGCUAAGUAAUCCACAAGUUGAUAUUAGUUCAGUAUUUGCUUAUUUAUGGUGUACAAAAGUAUGGGCAAAUUUUCAUAACUUUAAUGUUACCCAACAAGAAGAUUUUCUCGAAGAUAUAGAAACAGGUUGUCCAAAUCCAUGUUUUGGAAAUCCAUGUAAAAGUACUCAAGGUGUGAAGAAUCAUAUUUGCCAAGUUACAGGAGCUUUUGAGAAUGAAUAUCAAUGUCAUUGUAAAGAAGAAAUGAUAUGGGAUAAAAAUUUAAGGAUUUGUCUUCCAAUAAAUCCAUGUGAUAGAAAAAGAUUUCAAGUGUGUAUACCUGAAAAUACUCUUCAAUGUAUUGCUUAUAAUACUACUGAAUAUGAAUGUAUUUGUAAAACGGAAUAUAUGGGAAUUGAUUGUUCAUUACCACGUGAUGCAUGUUAUGAACGAGUAGAUAAAUUUCAAUCUAAUGGAAAUGUUAACUGUCAAAUUCAUUUAGGAAAUAUAUGUCAACCUAUUUUAGGUACAGAUUAUUAUCAAUGUAUAUGUUUAGAAAUUUAUCAACCUUUGAUGUAUACUUCUGAACCUAAUUGUUUUGGAAGAAUUAAUCCUUGUCAUACAAUACACAUAAAUGAUGUGCUAACAGACUCAGAUGAAAGCCAAAAUAUUCACCCUACUGCCGUUAUACAUUGGGGUUUAACUUGCCUUAAUGGUGGUCAGUGUGUUGUUUCAGAAGAUUUCACACAUGCUGCAUGUGUUUGUCCCACUGCUCCAGACGGUUCAUUAUUAUAUACUGGAUUGAACUGUGAGUAUUCAGUUGGAGUUUGGUCAUCUUGGACACAGCCUUCACCAUGCUAUCCAGAAGAUUGCGGUUUGUCACGUUAUCGUUGGAGGAGGAGAAAAUGUUUGAACACUACCAUGGUUGAUAAUGUGAUUUACCAUCCUUCAUAUUCGUUAGCUAACUUAAAUGGAACUGAUACCUUAAAAAGAACAAUGCCGCUUCCUUGUCCAGGAGCUUCAGAAGAAAUUUUGCCAUGCCCAUCGCUAGAACCAUGUUUUAAAUCACCUUCCUCAGGUUUUAUGAUGAAUGGAGUUUUCAAUUAUGAAACACUAUAUUAUUUUACAUAUACUACAACUUUUAUCAUGAACACUAUAUAUUUAAAAAGAAAACACUACUUAUUUCAUUUAAAGGAUAGAAGGAUCAUUUGUGCAAUCGUUUACCCUUAA